AUGCCACCGCCGCCUUCAAGAGUUCAGCUGCUUAGCUGUUUCAUUGGAAGCAACAUCGUUGCGCUAGGAGGCGGGACGCCUUAUUUGUUCAGUUUCUACGCCCCAGAAUUGCUAACGAGAUGUAAAAUUCCAAUUGCAAAGUCAAGCACCUUGUCGCUUUCAUUGACGCUUGGAUCUGGGGCUUUGGGUUUCGUUGCAGGAGUGGUGAUUGACAGAAAAUCACCACAAGUCUCGUGCGGCAUAGGUGCCUUCUGUACGUUUAUGGCAUACUUGAUUCUGAGGACAUGCUAUGUACGACAGAUUUCGAGCGUUGGGCUCAUAUCCGCGGCGUUAAUCUUGAUCGGUUUUGGCUCGGUCUCAGGGUACUACGCAUCCGUAAAAUGCUGUACAACCAACUUCCCUCGCCAUAGAGGCACUGCCGGCGCCUUCCCAGUGUCACUUUAUGCCCUUGCAGGACUGUUGUAUUCAUCCCUGUGCGCGCGGUUGUUCAAAGAUCGUAUGGAUGCAGUCUUCACGUUUUUGAUGUAUACGUGUUCUGCUAUGAUUUUGACCGGUUGCUUUACCUUGAGGAUUCACAAACCACCGGUCAAAGUCAAAAGACGUACCUACUCCUCAAUAGCGUCAGAUGAAAGCUCUUAUUCAAACGCCACACAUGCACAUUCUGCGGCUGGUACCGCACCUGCUACAGAACCUAUUAAUAUUCAAACCUUGUCAUCGCACCGCGACUCCCGUGGUUCCUUAAGCAACUUCAAAUUCGCCAUGAAGCGGUCAGCAUCUCGCAUAUCGUCUUCGACAGAUUCUUUACUUUCAUUUGCCUCGAGUCAUAAUAGAUCGGACUCCUUUAUUUGGGCCAAAGAGCUUCCUGGAUCUUUGUCUUUCUGGGGAUGGGGCAAAGCCCGACCAACCGAUUCUGAUAACUCGCGGCCCAUCCCAAAAAGAGUGGAAAAUGCAGCUUUUCAAGAGCCAGAUCGCUCCCAGGUCAUGCCAAUAACACCUACAGACGGCUCACAAGCUCCCAGAACGCCUGCCGCUGCAGGCAGGCGUGAUUCGUUGCUUAAAUUCUCCCCUCACUCUUCACCAAGUCAAGAGCUACGAGCAGACGGAAUUGAUCUAGAGGCCGAACUUGAGCAUGAACCUUCUUUCAGAGACAGUCGCCUUUAUAAGUCUGUCACGCAACCAAAAUUCAUCGCUUACUACCUCAUAUUGGCACUUCUUCAGGGAAUAGGUCAAACCUAUAUCUUUUCGGUUGGAUUUGUCGUUGAAGCAUUAGCUCAUUCGCAUCCCAGUUCUGAAAUUAACGUCAAGGCUAUUCAAUCCCUACAGGUUUCAAUUAUAUCUAUAAUGUCGUUUGCGGGCAGGAUUUGCGCAGGCCCUGUUUCCGAUCUGCUCGUAAAACGAGCAAAAGCACAAAGAGAAUGGUGCAUUUUGAUCGCGUGCGGACUGAUGAUUUAUGGUUCCAAGCAAAUUUUAGCGGAUAUCGUGUCCAUUAAAGUUCCUCAUGGUUUGCAAAGUACCGACUUCAUACAAAAUGUGUCAUGCGCAUCUUUCAUUUUUGGAUUUGCAUUCGGCAUUACAUUUGGAACUUUCCCUGCCAUUAUAGCCGAUCAGUUUGGAACCGAUGGGUUCAGCACCAUCUGGGGCCUUUUCACAACUGGUGGUAUUGCAACGGUCAAGUACUUUUCCGCUGUCUUUGCGAAUGACCUCUCGCGCAACACCAGUCCUGGCGAUACAAUCUGCGAUAAGGGCUCUAUGUGCUAUGCACAUGCAUUUCGAGUCGAUGCCAAAUUUGCAGUUGGUGUAAGUUUACUGAGCCUGGUUCUCAUCACUGUCAAAUAUGUCAACAAGAAAAGCACUGCCAAACGUUUCGAAAGUAAUGGCGUCUUUAUCUUGGAUGAAGACGAAGAUUUACUGGAUGAUUAA